GAGUUAGCUUUUGAUGCUACAGUAAAGCCACGAAGGGGAGGUCCUUGAUGCCGUCAGUAGGUGGCGAUGUUUGGGUCCAACGCAGUAUGAAGUUUAUAUUUUGCUUUCACAGCCACAUCACAUCCGUGAGCCAGAAAAGCACUAAAUUAAUUGAAGCUACCAUAUAAAACUGCCGCACAGAAAGUCUGUAGAUGCCAUCCGGAGCACCAAAGGGGGAGAACUGUCAAGUAGACAUGGACAGCAAGGCUGGAGAUCUUUUCAGUGCUGAUGAUGCUCAUCCAACUGGCACUGGAGGAGCAGGCGUGCUCUCAAAGCUCUGGCUGCCAAAAGGCUUUUCAGCUGGCAUGGCUAAAGAGUGGAUCGACAGGCGUCGAGCAUCCAUUCGACCGUGGGCCAGCUUUGUAGACCAACGCAAGUUUUCAAAACCUUGCAACUUUGGAGAGUUGUGUAAGAGGGUGGUGAAAAAUGUGGAAAUUUACAACAGCAACUACACCUUCAUCUUUUUGGGUCUGAUCCUCUACUGCAUAAUCAGCUCGCCCAUGCUACUGAUUGCCUUGGCUGUGUUUGCUGGUGCCUUUUACAUAAUCCAUCUCAAAUCUCUGGAGUCUAAACUGGUUGUUCUUGGGAGAGAGCUAACUGUGCCACAUCAGAUGAGUCUGGCUGGAGCCGUCUCUCUGCCUGUGUUCUGGUUGGCUGGAGCUGGAGCAGCUGUGUUUUGGGUUCUUGGAGCAACGCUGUUUGUGAUUGGCUCUCACGCUGCGUUCCGUGAGCUGGAGGGAUCUGACUUGGAGGAGCUCCUCAUGGAACCUGUGUAAAGAGCAGGAACUCUUUGCAGGAGGUGUUCAACUAUCAGUUAAUUAUUUAAUCCUGUAAUUGUGUUUGCCCACUUGGGCUGGGGAAAAACUGGGCUGAUACUCGUUCCCAAGCUAUAUAAAGUAUGUAUCCUGUGUUUAAUUAUGAUAUUUUGUCAACAGUACACCUGUCUUGCCUCACAAAUAACCUGUUACAGAAAAACUUCAUGCACGUAACUUGGCAUAUGCACAAAUAAUUAACUUCUUAAUGUAUUUCAAAACACAUUAUUUAUCAGAUUGUAUGCCUUUAUCUACAUAUUCUAAACCUGCAAUGCCUCUGGUUUGUAUCAUAAAGCCUCUCAGUUACUGUUGGGCCCUUUAUAUGAAGAUAUUCUCCUCAACAUGUUAAUGAUGUAUCUGUGCUGCACUCUGCUCUAGAUAUCUUAGGGAAAAGGUUUCCACCUGACAGGCAUGUAUACAUGUAAUUUUCACAUUUGUAAACUAAUUAUUUUUAUAAAGGUGAAGUGCCAUUUUAAGCUUUAAAAUUAUGCCUGAUAAUCCUGCACAAAUAAUUGUUAUUAUUGAAAUUAAUGCUGAAAAAAAUAAUAAAAAAUGUGAUCAUUCAGAUGCUUCUAGAUAAACUGAGAAGACUACAGUGGAGGUCAGUACUUAUUCAUGGUGUAUGAAUUAAGGAUGGUACUUUGCUGAUUGUGUGCAUAUUUAUCAGCUCUGUUUUGCAACAUUCAGGUCAUAAAAACAUUAAAUGUGUUUCUGAAAAUGUAAAAUCUGUUUACAUUUUUGAUGUAAGUUGUAUGUUUUGUAUUUACAUUUUUAAAGUGCAAUAAACCCACAAUGAAAAGCUUGU